AUGUCACUUCUUGCUAAUAUUCCCCUCUCUCUUACGGAACUGCAUGCCCUGGCCUCGGAUAUCCUUACUCUUUCUGGUGAUGACGCUGUUGAUGCGACUUGGUAUACGCGCCGUCUGGCCGUUUCGGCUAUAUAUGCCAGUGCUGAGGUUGUGAUGACCCGUGACCCGACGCCGGAUCUUGUGGAUACGGCUGCGUUUGUCGAGCGUCGGUUUGAGGAUCGGAAGGCGCUUGCUGAUAAGAUUACUGGGAUUGGACAGUGUGCUGGGUUUGGGUGGAAUACUGCUAUUGGGCUGGGGCGGAGCUGGGGGUUGAAGAUUUGA